AUGGCAGCGGCCGAUGGUAUUCAAACAUUUGCUGAUGUAGCAGCAAGAAACCCCAAUGAACUAGAGGAACAACAAUCUGAUAUAAUUCGACAAUAUUUAUCGAAAAAAACAGCAUGGAUUAGUCCAAAUGAAGAACAGUUUGAUGCACUUGUAAAAUUUCUUAAAAAACGUCUUGAUGAAGGUCAUGGUGAAACUAUUCUUGAAAUAGGCACUGGAGUCUCGGAUGGUGAAACACCUGGUUUACUCAGUGAUGAAAUGGAAGCAUCAGUUGCUACACUUAAAAGUAUGCAAGCUGUACUUGAUUCUGAAGUCCAAUUAUUACGUGAAAAAUCAUCUUCCAAUAAUACACGUUUUACUAAUGAAUAUCUUAUUCGAAGACAUAUCGAUCAAGAAGAUUUUAUGGAAGUGAGAGUUGCAGUAACUGGUAAUGUCGAUGCUGGUAAAUCAACACUUUUAGGUGUUUUAACUCAUGGAGUACUUGAUGAUGGUCGUGGUAUUGCACGACAAAAACUUUUUCGACAUAAACAUGAAAUGGAAACUGGUCGAACAUCAUCUGUUGGAAAUGAUAUUUUGGGUUUUGAUACUCAAGGAGCUAUUGUAAAUAGACCAGAUACUCAUGGCAAUCAAGCACUUGAUUGGACUGAUAUUUGUCAAAAAGCUGCAAAGGUUGUAACAUUUAUUGAUUUAGCUGGACAUGAAAAAUAUUUAAAAACAACCGUAUUUGGCAUGACCGGUCAUGCUCCUGAUUACGCAAUGUUAAUGGUUGGUGCCAAUGCUGGUGUAAUUGGUAUGACAAAAGAACAUCUGGGAUUGGCUCUUGCACUUGGUGUACCUGUUUUUGCUGUUGUAACUAAAAUUGAUAUGGCACCUGCUAAUGUUUUACAAGAAACAAUGAGACUUUUACAACGAAUUCUUCGUUCACCAGGUGUACGAAAAAUUCCAUUAUUAGUACAAAAUAAUGAUGAUGUUAUAACCUGUGCAACAAAUUUUACCAGUGAACGAUUAUGUCCAAUUUUUCAAGUAUCCAAUGUAACUGGUGAAAAUUUAGAUUUAUUAAAAAAAUUUCUUAAUUUAUUAUCUACACGAAUGGAAGCAUGUCUUGAUGAACCAGCUGAAUUUCAAAUUGAUGAUCUUUAUGCAGUACCUGGUGUUGGAACAGUAGUUAGUGGAACUACAUUAAAAGGUAUCAUUAAACUUGGUGAUAAUUUACAAUUAGGACCUGAUCCACUUGGACAAUUUAAAACAGUACAAAUUCGAAGUAUACACCGUAAACGAAUGCCUGUUAAAGAAUGUAAAGGUGGACAAACAUCAUCAUUUGCAUUAAGAAAAAUAAAAAAAUCUGAACUUCGUAAAGGUAUGGUAUUACUUUCACCAGCAAUUGCACCUGUUGCUUAUUGGGAAUUUGAAGCUGAUUUACUUAUUUUACAUCAUCCAACUACAAUCAGUACUAAAUAUCAAGCAAUGGUACAUUGUGGUAGCAUUCGUCAAACUGCAACAAUUAUUUCAAUGUCUGUUGAACAUUUACGUACAGGUGAUCGUGCAAAUGUACGUUUUCGUUUUAUAAAAUCACCUGAAUAUCUUCGCCUUGGAAUGAAACUUGUCUUUCGUGAAGGACGCACAAAAGCGAUUGGUAGUAUUUCAAGACUUUAUCCGCAUGUUGCACCUCAGACGUCAAGCACUCGAGGAAAAACAAGAAUACAAACACCCUCAGUUGCUACAACUUCCAAUCCACUUACAACAGAUCAAUUACAGUCAAGCAAACGUAAUGAAAAUAUUGAUGAUACAAAUCGAGCAGGUCAUAAACGUUCAAAACAAGUCAAAACAACGACAACAGAUAUUCCUGUUGAACAAGACAUAAAUAUAGAUACAACUACUUCAUGA